AUGUCGGGAAGAAUGGAAAAUAAUAAUCAAGGUGGAUUUAAUAGACGUUCUGUUCCAGACUUUUUUAAAAACAAUAGUGAGCCAAUAAAGAAGAAUAAUCAGCAAGGUUUCACGAAUAAUGGUAGUGGUUCGAAUCGAAAUAAUCACAGAAAUACAUCAGACAAUGUAAAUCCAAAUAAUAACAUGAAACCAUCAUCAUCUAAUAGUAAUAAUACUUCCACGAAUAAUUAUCAACAGAAAACACAUUAUAAGAAUAAUAAUUAUAAAGGAAAUGUUCACCAAAAUUCAGAACAAAACGAUAAUUACCAAAGGAAACAAUACAAACAUUAUAACAAGCAACAAGUCAAUCAUCAAAACCAAACGGAGAAUAGACAUUCUAGUAAUAUAAAACAAACACUUGAUACUCACUCUAAUGAACCAUUUGGAGGUGGUUCCGACCAACAACUUGAACCCACAUACAAUAGACAAAAUAAGUAUACUAGACAACCCUACAAGAAGCAGGUCUAUGCUAAGCAACCUAUUUCAACAUCAGAGUCUGUUUCUAUGGUAAAUAGUAGUACAUUUGGUUCUCAAUCAUCUACAAGCACUAUCACGUCCAAUACCAGUGAUCUCUCUCACUAUAGUACACACCCAGAAUUAAACAAGAAGAUUAGAUCAGAACUAUCAAACAAGCAACAAGAAUCAAAAGCUAAACAGUCAGGUGUUGGUGGAACUCUUUCCUACACAUCUCAACUGUUCUAUCCUUCCUAUAUGUAUACUUCUAAUGCGAGUAACAGUAAUAAUAAUUCAUAUAUGCCUACAGUUCUAGAAGGUUGUCACUAUUAUGUACCACCUACUUUUUAUCAGGUACCAACCUCACCAGUCGAAACCCAGAAGAAAGAAGUGACAAAGACUCUUCCUUCACCAUCAAAGAGGAAAAAGAGAGAAAUUGAAAAUGAUUCCUCCAGUGAAGAUGAAGAUGAUGAAUCAAUUUCAUCAGUUGGUAGUCAAAUUCAAUUGAGUUUUGAAGAUGAUGAUUAUAUUGUGGGAUUUGCCUCAUUUAAUGGAUCUUUCUUUUUUUGUUGGCAAAAAGCAACCAAGGAGUCAGAAUCUCAAGCAAAAAUAAGAGAUAUUCUCACAUUGAGUUCCAAGUAUAGUGGAUCUAAACCAGAAACACUAUUUUCUAAAUGUAUCAAGAAUAAGUCUAUUUAUGCAGCCCUUAAAAAGUUUAUCAAGAAGUUGAUCAAACAAAAUCAACCUUUUAAUCCAUAUUUGAUUAAUUCGCAUUCAUCUCUAUUGAUGAAAUUGUUUUUGACCUCGUCAAAUACUUGGUUAGAAUUUGCUUCCAACUUACCUGCUAUUUCUAACAAAUUUGCCAAGCUUAAGGCCAGAGAAGUUAAAUUACUUCUUUCUGAAUAUUCUACAGAAUGGAAUUAUUUUAGUGAUAUUGAUUUGACAAAGGAAGAAAAUAUAACAUCGCUUAUUACUGGAGAUGAGAACGAACUUGUAAAGAAAUUUAUGAAAAGAGUUGAAAGGGAGGACUUUUCUAAAUUUAAAAGAAGAUCUCAUCUUCUUACAUGUUCUUGGGUUUGUAAAUGUCCGAAUGGUAAUGAAGAUGUAUUUAAAGAAUUGCUUAAAACAAUUAGAACAGUACAGCCAACACUAUCAUCAAGUCAAGAAAAGUUGAAUCAAAUAUUCGAAAGAGAAAAGAACGAUACAAAACCUCAGAAAAUGACAAUAUGUGAAUUAGUAGCAAAGGUAGAUGAUUUUGAUGCAGAUCUGACUAAUUUCAAACUUAAAAAGCCAGAAACAUCCAUCUUUUCAGAGAGAAGGGUUGUUGAUUCUGACUUUUCAGAAACCUUCAUCAAAGAACUUUCUAUUAUUGUUUCUCUAAAUAUUUUCCAAGAGUUGAAAUACAAGUAUGAUUUCUCUCACAAGAAACAAAAAGGUGCUGCAAAUGAUUUCAAGAAGCUUUACUCAAUAGUUGAUGUUGAGACUCAAAAGAAGAAGACAGCUUUCAAUGCUAAAAUCCAAUCUGCAUACAAAGAUGAGUCAUCCCAGAUUUCUACAUUAGAGUUAGAGGAGCACGAGAAGCUCAUUCAUCAACUCAUUCAAUUUGUUACCUACGACAAAGAAUAUCGAUGCUUCCAGAGGUAUUAUGACUUGUUAAAGACAGAAGAGGAUGACAUCAAUAGAAUGUUCGGAUGGUUCCAAUUUCCGUAUCAACUGAAGGCAGUGCAAUGGCUAAAGAGACUAAAUGCCAAUAUUAACUGGGUGGAUAUAUAUUUGAAUAGAAUUCAUGCUUCACCACAUUUUGAGGAAGAUAUUUUAAAGAUGAUUGAUGAGGAAUGUGACAGAUCUUGUAAUUGGGCUAAUGAGUCUAGAUAUUCCUUCUUAGAUUAUUCAGACAAAACUUUUACAAUUGAUAAGAAAGGUACUAAGGAUUGUGAUGAUGCAUUUACUAUCCUUGAUCACAAUACAAAUUCAAUCAAAAUUGCUGUCCAUAUUACAGAUGUUGCCUCAACAAUUCUCAGAAAUAUUGAUUUUUCCAAGAAUGUACCACCUGUAGAAGAAAAGAAAGAUGCAAACAAACGCUAUACUGGAAACAAAUCAAAAUUCAAUGAUCAUCCAAUAUUCCAAAGUGCACUUUUCUCAGAAGCAGCAAGAAGAAUUAUGUCAAUCUAUAUUCCAGGUGUUGAGGAAACCUAUGCUCCUUGUUUCCCAAGACAUUUAUCUGAAGAGCUUCUCUCUUUAAUUGAUAAGAGACCAAAAGAAGUAAUUUCUCACAUCUUUAUUAUUUAUAAUAAUGGAAAGGUUGAAUGUAAAGGUGUUGUGAAAGGGCUCAUCCAAGUGAAUCAUUCAUACUUUUUCGAAGAAGCUGAUGAAAAAAUUGAUUCACCAUAUGCUGAUCCAUUCUGGAAACAUUUAUAUGAUUGUUGCUGUGCUAUUCAUGAAGAGAGACUUGCGCACGGAGCUAAGAAAUUUACUCCUGGUGUUGUUCCACUUGGUGGUGUUGAUUUAUCACUUGAUUAUCAAGAUGAUUCUCCAAAUCCAGAAAUUCAUGUUAAUACUCAUAGACAAAAUCCAUCCAAGUCUUCAAAAAUAAUUACAGAGUUCAGUAUUUUACUCAAUUCUACUAUGGCUAAAUAUUUUUAUGAUAACAAAAUAUGUGGUCUCUACAAGGAGUUUUACCAAACCUACAAUAGGCUUUUACCAGAGUCUAUUAAAGAUAUGGAUAUUGAGGAAUUUGUUGAAGUAGCUUCAAUUCUUGACCCAGAAGGAAAUGAAACAAAUUACCUAGCUCAAGGUAAAACUCAACAAAAUGAGAACUAUACUGCUCUACAAAACUUUGAGAAAGAAUUGAAAAAUCAAGGAAGCAGAAAGACAACUAAUAUUGGUAAGAUUACAACAAAACCAACCAAAUUCUACCAAAAUAUUAUUGGCGUUGAAUUAUAUAUGCAACUUUCCUCUCCUCUUAGAAGAUGGCUUGAUUUAGUAUUACAAGUACAACUUGUUCAUCAUCUUAAUACAAUUGAAGCUGGCAUUCCAUGGAAAGGUCUUGAGAGUAGUUUAUUCAGUGAAGAGAUUUUGCAUUAUUGGAGUGAAAAGGUUUCAGACAAGAUCGAAACAGUCAAAGAUAUGGAAAAACAAGUCAUGUACCAUUACUUUUUAUUAUAUUUGAAAAAGAACAUGGAUGCAUUGAAAGGUCCAUAUUUAUUAGAUUGUGUUUCAGAAAUUAACUUUAGAAAGGGUAAAAGAACGAAUCACCCAAAACACAAACAUAAUAUUGAUUAUGACAAUCUUGUAAACAAAUCAAAACCAGUCAUAACUCAGCUAUUGAGAUUAAGAUUAGUCAAUUAUAAUUACUUUGCAAUUGAAGCUUAUGUCACCAGUAACAUGGUUGACAUGGACGAAAUUACCUUAGUCAAGGUUGUAGAUAUUGAUUGUUACACUCACACAAUUUCUGCUGAAUUAGUGCAGUAA